UUCACUUAUGUAAUAUGAGUUUGUGUUGUUCUGUUUCAAUUUAAAUAGUAAGUGAACCAUAGGCAUAAGGAACAAGGAACAUUACAUCUUAGAUCCGCAGACGGCUGUGCUUUAAUGAUAUAAGAAGUGGUUUAAGCUUCUUACAUUUUGAUUGAUUACUAGUUAAGGUGGUAGCGGUGGUAUAUACAGGAUAAGAAACGUUUUCGAGCAGAGCUAGAGGUUGAGGAGCGUGAAGAAAAAAAUAUUACACGACUGCUUGACGAGAAAGGACGGCUUAUUAUUGAAAUGAAGACUUCCUUGCAGCAGAUAAACCAACUUCUUUCUAGCGUAGGUGCGCCAAACGUGCAAAGAACUUUUAAAGGUGCACCCUCAGCCCUACAAUAUGCACUCGAUGAUAUGCUCCAACCAGUUCCCGAACUCGAAGAUGACUUUGACAAACUGCUCCUAAAUGCUCGCCAGAAGAUAACCUUACUGAUCCAGGCGGUAUCCAAAAUGGAGGUGGAUGAUGAGGUCAAAAGCAACGCUCGUCUCUUCUAUCACAACAUACUAGCCAGGUUUAUGAAGGAUAAUUAUAAAGAAGAAGCGUUAGCAGAAGGAGGUCUAAUUGAGUUCGAAAUGGAGGAUCCUAAUGUGCCCAGCCAUGGUGUUAUCAAGCUGCGGAGCAAGCAACUCGUGGAUGCGCAAGUCAGCGAAUUUGAUGUACCAGAUAUUCCAGCGAAGAAGUGACUGACUUGAAACUUGUUAUUUUUUUUUUAAUACAAACGAAUAGUGAAGAAUUCGGUUCAGCUCAUUUUAAUUUUUAUAUAUAUUGUUGUUCAACUUUUCUAGACUAAUUAUUUGGAAUUAUUGUAGAAACAUUUAUGAAAAUACAAGAAACUUUACAUUUCA